AUGGCAAGAUGUGUGGAACUGUGCAAGGAAACCGUGCGCGCUGAGUUUCCCGACUUCGACGUGAUCAUGGCAUUUAAGGUCUUCAACGUCCAGAAGAACAGAGGCAUGCAGCGUGUGAAGUGCAGCAAGCCAGAUGGUCUUACCUCUGGACGGGCUGUGCUGCCUGCUCUGCAGCGUCUCAGCCAGGUGUUCAAAGUAGACUCUUUGGGUUUGCAGCAGGAGUUUGGGAAAAUGCAUGCCAUCGCACUCGCGCACCAUGAAAGCAGUGGAUGUGGCAAUCGCGCUGCGUGGCAGCAUGCCUUUACACGCAUGGCAGGAAGCCAGGUUCUCUCCGCGUAUGUUGCUUUCACAGCGUCAAGCUCUGGGGUCGAGCAACAUUUCAGCAAGGUGGAUCGUUGCCACCUUGAAAGAGGAAACGGACACAACGAUUCCUUUCGCAGAUCUGUCAUCGCUCUGGCGGACGACGGACAUGAAGCGUCGGACAAGGCACUUGUUGAAAGCGCGCGCCGCAUCUAUGCAGAAGGGCGGCAGCGUGCGUCGCAGCCGCGCAGGAAGCGACGAGACGCAGGAGUGCCGCGAGCGAGUCCGGGCGAUCUCGAGGACAAGAGCGGCCUGAAAACUGAAGCAGACUGGUUGCGCAAGCGGCGGCGUGAUUUGGACGAGGCCAUAACAGAAACUCCACCGCCCAAGAGAGCAGCCACAAUGGAGUUCACGCCAGAAAUGGAGCGCGAGGCCAAGCACUUGAAGGGCGUCCUUGAGAAGCGCCGCAUGGAGGCCCAAGCAAAUGGGAGCUUGCUCGACUCUGAGAAAACGAGUGCAAGGAAGGUGGAAGCUUGGCAGAACAAGCUACGCCAGGAAGAUGCAAAGCGCAUUGGGACACAAACCAAAAAGCAAGAAUUCUGGGACAUGGCAGGUCAAAAAAAAACGCGUGAUCAUUUCGAGAAGAUGCUCGCAGGCAAGUCGGUGUGGCUGGGGAGGGAGGUUCAGAAUCUUCGGCAAGCUUGCCUCAACUUUGGAGCUCAUGCUGUAACUUCCGAGUUGUCCGCCGCGAAUGUCUUCCUUGUGGACAGUCUCAAUCCGGAGAAAAAGGCCCAGUGGGCGGCUACACUGCAAGGUGGCACAUUGAUUUCGCAGACAGUACUAGAGCCACAGGCACCCGGAAUUUUUGCGCUGCACUUCCGGAGAG